AUGAAGGGCACUUCCAUUUUUCAAUUCAAAUCAUGGCCGAAGAUUCAUCAGCCAUUGCCUCGGUCACCACGAGAGUCCCAGCAACUUCUCAACGCCCUCACCUCUUCCUUCCGACGCCAGCUGGACCGCGCGUACCCGGCCCCCAGCGGUUCCAACCCCAAUAGCGAUCGACAACCCUUGAAUAAUGACUCCUCCGUUCAUGCAACCGACCAACACCUGCAUAGUAUCCUCGAUAACCCUUUAUUUCGCAUUGUACCCCAGAAAGCCAAGUCGGCUCCCCGUGAUCAUGCCACAUCUUCAACCGCCAAUGAGUCCAUGCCAGCAGUUCAGGAUCCCAUGGCCUUGUUCGAUCAGGCUGUCGCAUCGGGAUCUGCUACACCUUCAUUCAUUACAGACUGUCUAAAAUCACAACUACUUCUUGCUCGCUCAUUUGGUGAGAAUGGAGUUCGAGAUGCCAUGAAGAUUACUCGAGCGGGCUCGAAAGUAGUUGACUGGUACUGGGCUUCAGACGGUGCUUCGAGGCAGAUGCUUCUACAGACUCGAGCCUCGACAAGCUCCUUGACCAAGUUCAUGGUCGCGGAGGAUCUGCAAGAUACCGCCAUGGAGUGGCUGAAGAUGCUCAGGAGCGGCAAUCUUGGGGGUCUCAAUGGCCAGAUGGCGGAAGAUCGGGCUCGGACGUCCUUUAAUCACCUUCUUCUGGACCUUCUCGAUGCCGAAAUCCGCUACGGAUCCGGACUCGGCUCGGCCGUCAAGUACUACUUGCGUGCGUGCCAGCUGCAUUUUUCCUCCGUGGAGUCGCCGGGCGAUCUCAAGGUCGCCAAGUCAACGUUGCUCGCAUCGGGUGCUCAACUAGCUCGCAUGAUUAUGGAGCAGAAGCCAUGUAGCGAUCAAAUUCCCGUACAUACCUUUGAAGAGUUUGCCGAGAUCAUCUCGACACUGUCAUCCUCUCGCUCCUUGUUGUUCUCUUCCGUGGCCCUUUGCCAUCCGACCCAUCCAGACCCAACUCCUUUCAUUCAAUAUGUGGAUAGUUUAUCCCCCAACAAGUUUCAGAAAUGGAAUCAAGCCCGGCGAGAUGCUUUCCUCGGGAUCAGCUGUGACGCUCUCCGCACGCUGAUCGACCGCAAGAAAAUCGGUCUUGCGACUAGCUUGGGACACCAGAUUCAAGAACUUCUUCCCGAAGAGACUGCCACUGCGAGCGUUGAAGCGUCUCGCUCUCGCGCCGCGGUCGAAGAAGAUAAUCUUUUGCAACGCUUGGAGUUGAGUUGGACUUGA